GUCCUGUUUUCUACCCGGACCGUUCAGCGGACGCACCGUUGCCAUUGGAUGCAGCAGCAGCUUCGGUGGCGAUGCUAACAAAUGCUAACCUCAGCAUAGCGGUCAGCGUGAACAGCGGAUAAGGUAUCAAACGUCACAUUUUACACGCUGACGUUGAAGCUGGUUAACGCAUUGACGUCAUCACUGAGCAGGAUCAGAUGACCACCUGAACUCUACAGGGGUUCGACCAUGACUCAGAUGGACCUGGACCAGGGCCGGUCCAGACCCUUUGUCAUUCCAUAUCCUGACCUUUCUCAUGUCACCAUGCUUUGUGUUGGAUCCCUGAACCCUCCAACAUGUCGGACUCUGAUCCAGCCGCUGUAGAGGACAAACCAGCGGCGCCGAGGUCUCCUGGUCCCAGUCGGCCCCCCCUGGCAGAGAAGGCUCUGUCGGAGGCCUAUGGCCGGCUUCGGUUCCGGGACACGUCCCUGUUGAUCUGGCAGCAGCAGCAGCAGGACCUGGAGGCGGCCCCUCCCUCCACCUACCUGAGCCGCAGCCAGUCGACAUGGUACAGCAGCUUCGGGAACCCGGCCGUGCUGGUCCGGGACAAGAGGAGCUUGGGGGGCGCAGAUGGAGUGUCCAAGAUCUGCAGCGUCAUGUAAACAAAGACCAGAAACCUGAACUGAGACUGAACUCAAUGAGCGGACUUAAAAGCUCCAGUCAGUUUAGAGAGACUCAGUUUGGACCUUAAAGAACUUCUUUGAAUCCAGACUCUCAGAAAGUUUGUGACCCUCUAAGGAGAACUAUCUUUGAGGGAGCAGAUUUUAUCCUUCUGAUCUCAAAGGUUUGAUUUCAAAGAGACACUCUGUGAAAUACGGGGUCCAGAUGUGAGAAACAACUCAGAGCUCUAAAAGUCUGAGUAAAAAAGUUAGUGCCACUAAAACACCUUAAACAUAAAGCUGAUCUGUGUUAUCCAGGGGCAUUGUGGGAAAUGUAGUUGCUACAAAGGAUCCUGACUCAAAGUAUUUGUGAUGUAAAGAGCAGCGCAUGAGUUGAUGUCACUUCCUGUUUUUAAAUAAGACAAUAAAAGUUUUAUUCUUUGGA